CGAUGAUCCUCGAAGAAUACCUGCUCUCUUUCAGCGGGUUGGCGUGGCUGAAAUUCAGUAUCUCCUUGGUAGGUAUCUGCUGUAUCUGGUGUUGCCUCGCCUCGUUUACAAGAACCACUUUGUUCCACUUACUUGUCCUGAAACUGAGAAGGACAUCAAUCAAGCCAGAUUUCCGAGUGUCGCUCACGCUCAUCACACAGUUCUAGGAUCGACUCUCGACGAACUCGUCACAAAAUGUCGUCUGACCACAAGUUCGAAGGCUGGGUGGGUGAAGACGCAUCCUCAGCCGAAGGCAAGAUGGUGUGGAAGGACUAUGAACCAAAGACGUGGGAAGAAACAGAUGUAGAGAUCAAAAUCACUCACUGCGGCGUGUGUGGGUCCGAUAUACACAUGUUGAGGUCCGGCUGGCGUCAAACUCCCUAUCCCAUCGUGGUCGGGCACGAGAUCGUCGGCAUCGCUGUCCGCGUCGGUUCCAAGGCCUCGAACGGCAUCAAAGUCGGGGACACCGUUGGAGUAGGCGCGCAGUCCGAUUCGUGCCUGAACCGCGACUCCCAGUUCGCGUGUACGGAAUGCAAAGAAGAAAACGAAAACUACUGUACGCGAAUCACAGGGACAUACGGCUCCAAGUUCUCCAAUGGCGACAAGUCUUUUGGUGGUUACGCGCUGUAUCACCGCUGUCCCUCUCACUUCGUCUUCAAGAUCCCAGACGGGCUCGCACCAGAAUUCGCGGCACCAAUGCUCUGCGCUGGAGUCACCGUGUACUCACCACUGAAGCACUUUGGUGCUGGGCCCGGGAAACGGGUCGGCGUUGUGGGAGUCGGCGGUCUGGGCCACUUUGCGGUGCUGUUCGCGCGUGCGCUAGGCGCCGAGGAGGUGGUGGGAAUUUCGCGCAGAGAGAGUAAGCGCCAGGAGGCGCUCGACCUGGGAUGUACAGAUUACAUUGCGACUGCAGAAGACGAGGGCUGGGAGGCCAAGAAUGCCCGGAGGUUCGAUAUUAUCAUCUCAACGGUGUCGUCGCCGAAGAUGCCCUUCGCAGACUACCUAGGCAUGCUUAGACUCGAAGGCAUACUCGUUCAGAUCGGCCUACCAGAAGGCGAGCUCCCGUUCCGCGCAUCCAGCCUCACGGGGGCCCGACGUCGUGUCGCCGGAUCAUUUAUCGGUUCCCCCCGAGAAAUCCGUGAAAUGUUGCAGUUGGCCGUUGAUAAAGACAUCAAGCCGUGGGUCGAGACACGCCCCAUGUCUGAGGCGAAUCAAGCUAUUGUUGAUUUCGAGGCUGGGAAGCCGCGCUUUCGCUAUGUCCUCGUCAAUUGAUGAAUCUGGGGAGAAACGUGCUGAUCGGGGCCCAAUUUUCAAGUUGGCAUCUUCUGAAGCGCCAGGACCGACGUCAAGAUACUACCUUAUGUUGAAAAGCAACCUAGGGAUCUAUCUACCUUGGUGUUUGGGACGUCGCCUUUUCUACGUUACCAACGAAAAGCUCUCCUUAGAAGACUGAUUCUCACGUAAACUGAAGGAGCAUUACUUUUUGAAAGGUGCUAUUAUCUUAGAGUUUUUCGCUUUCUAUUAUGACUGUGGUUG